AUGAAGGGGAGCUGUCCGGGGGAGAGCAAGGAAUUUGAAAUUCCCAAUACUUCUGGAGAAAAAUACACUGUUUGGUCAAUUCCUGCACAACAUUGGAGUCAAAGAUCUAUUUUUGAUCGUAAUAAGAGUCUUUGGAGUGGAUGGAUAAUUGAAGGACCGAAACAUAAAUUUUUCUAUACUGGAGAUACUGGUUUUUGUCAAGAAGAAUUUAAAAAAGUUGGGAAUCGAUUUGGGCCUAUUGAUUUGUGUGCAAUUCCAAUUGGUUGUUAUUCUCCGAGAUGGUUUAUGCAUCCUCAACAUAUUGACACUUCUGAGGCUGUACAAUUACACAAAUUGGUUAGGUCAAAGAAAAGUAUUGCUGUUCAUUGGGGAACUUAUGAAAUGGGCUCUUCUGAACCCUAUAUGGAACCAAAAUCAAAAUUAGAAGAAGCAGUUCAAGCCGAAGGAUUGAAUGAAAAUAAGUUUAUAACUUUGGGACAUGGACAGAGUUGGAAUAUUGAAAAUAAUGGUUAA